AUGGAUACCAGUUCCUCAGCAGGAAGCACUGCGCACGGAGGAUCAGAGGAUGGGCUUGCGGCGUGCGGUCAGGCUGAUGCAGCAGAGCGUGAGGCCAAGAAGAGAAAGCUUGAUGAGCGCCUUUGCUGUAUUUGUGAGGUAACGCAGGCUCUGCCAAAAUUCACAUUUUGCAGGGAGUGCAAAAAAGAUGUUCAAAGCUGCCAGAAUCAAGCGAAGAAGGAGGAGCGAAUGGCGGAGUGGCAGCGCUUGACCAAAACGCCAGAGGGGCUCAGACAUUUGAUCCUCCACUACAAAGCAGCCUGUCCUUCUAAGGGACAGGGUAUGAAAAGGGCCAACAUGGACUGGGCGCAGUACCUGGAGCGUGUCUAUUCCUUGAAGCAGACCCGUCUUGGAGUAAAGGAAGUGUACAUGGACUGGAUAGCUUACGAGGAGUGGGCCAAGAAGAACAAGAGCCACACGUCCCAGCAAGCCAUGCAGCAGUGGCAGAAGUGGGAGGCGGACAACCACGACCAUGAUUUCAAGGGUCGACAAGACUAUGAAAAGCGCUUUGCCGUUGAAGUUGAGGAGUACCAGAUCAAGGAGAGCGUCAAAGGCACAGCUGAGGACAGACAGAAGACAAAGGGCAAUGGUCUGGGUUAA